UCGGCAGCAAAAUUCCAGGCAGCGUUCCUAAAACCAGACCCGGCGGCUUGUUUGGAUCUAAAACCAAUGCCCCUCUCUCGCCUGGUGUGCUUGUGGAGCACCUUCCCGGCUUCUGCCGAGGGCAGGAGGGUCGGGAAAGGCGGCGGGUCCGGCCCGGGGCAAAGGCGGGGUCUGACAGCGCCUUAAAUACAGCCCGAGCGCUGGAGCGGCUGCACCGAGCCGGCGGGACUUUAUCGGGGCAAGGCGGAGGGGCUGGAGGACAGGAAUGCCGCUGGAGGAGGGAAAGCCACCGCGASAAACACCAUGUCUCUGUUUUAACUGAGUAGCCCUUAUGACCAACAUGAGCUGGAGCUUCCUCACCCGCCUGCUAGAAGAGAUUCACAAUCACUCCACCUUCGUGGGGAAGGUCUGGCUCACCGUGCUCAUCGUGUUCCGCAUCGUCCUGACGGCGGUGGGGGGYGAGUCCAUCUACUCCGAUGAGCAGAGCAAGUUCACCUGCAACACCAAGCAGCCGGGCUGCGACAACGUCUGCUACGAYGCCUUCGCGCCGCUGUCGCACGUCAGGUUCUGGGUGUUCCAGAUCAUCAUGAUCUCCACGCCCUCCGUCAUGUACCUGGGCUACGCCAUCCACAGGAUCGCCCGCUCGGCCGAGGAGGAGAAGAAGUUCARGGGCUUCAAGAAGAAGAAGCAGUUCGCCCUGAACUGGCAAGCUGUGCACAACAUGGAGGAUGCCAUGGAGGCCGACGAGGAGGAGCCCAUGAUCUCGGACGAUGCAGCCGAGCACGAGAAAGCCAAGGCCAAGCCCAAGUGCAAGGAGCCGCAGAAGCACGACGGGAGGAGGCGCAUCCAGSAGGAGGGACUGAUGAAAAUCUACGUCUUCCAGCUCCUCACCAGGGCUUCCUUUGAGGUUUGCUUCUUGAUAGGGCAGUAUUUGCUCUAUGGCUUCGAGGUGGAGGCUUAUUACGUCUGCAACAGGGUCCCUUGUCCCCACACCGUGGACUGCUUUGUGUCCCGGCCCACGGAGAAGACCAUCUUCCUGCUGGUGAUGUACGUGGUGAGCUGCCUGUGCCUGCUGCUCAACAUGUGCGAGAUGUUCCACCUGGGYUUCGGGACCAUCCGCGACGCCAUCCGCAACCGCAAGAUCAACAGCUUCCGGCAGCCGCCCUACAACUACGCCUACCCCAAGAACAUCUCCUGCCCGCCCGAGUACAACCUGGUCGUCAAAUCCGAGAAGUCCACCAAGAUCCCCAACAGCCUGAUGGCCCAYGAGCAGAACUUGGCCAACGUGGCUCAGGAGCAGCAGUGCACCAGCCCRGACGAGAACCUGCCGGCCGAUCUGUCCACCCUGCACAAGCACCUGCGGGUGGCCCAGGAGCAGCUGGACAUCGCCUUCCAGAGCUACAGCAGCACCCAGGCCAACACGCAGCCUUCUCGGACCAGCAGCCCCGCCUCGGGGGGCACCGUGGUGGAGCAGAACAGGGCCAACACCGCCCAGGAGAAACAAGGUGCUAAACCCAAGGCCUCCUUGGAGAAAGGCAGCUCCAGCAGCAAAGACGGGAAGACGUCUGUGUGGAUAUAACUCUGUCAGGAAGGCGAGAGGGCGGCCUGAGUGGGGUUUUUAGUUCGCUUUGUUUCUGGUUUUUGGUGUUACCGUGUGUUUGUUUGCAGGGCAUGAUUUCUGUGUGGCAGUCAGGAGGGUGAAGGAGUUUCGGACCGAUUCAGUGCUGUCUUCCAGUGCGUUAACAAAAGACAUUUCUUCCCUGUUUCCAAYGUGUUCUCCAGCUGGGAACUUCCAGUGAGUAACAGCAAACCCCCCACACCUCCCAGCCCUUGGAUCAUCACUGGAGCCCCCUACAGAGACUGGACAAUGCGCUGUGGUGCAAAGAGGAGCUGCUGCCGGCUCGGGAGGGCAGUCAGGCUGACCGGGAUCAGCCACCCUCCUGCACGGCACGGCUCGAGUGCUGCAGGCCAGGCAGUGUUUAAUUACUAAAUACCCUUAAUCAAAUUAAUUUCUGACCCUUUGAUAAGAAUACCACUGACCCAUUGCACGGACCUUCCUGGCAGGCUCACAGCUGACCCCUGCCCAGGCUGGCAGAUGCCAACGAAGGCGUCGUUGGAUGCUGUGAGCCAGGAGCUGGCACCCACAUCAGGUCUGGGGCAGGAACACGGUGACUGCCUCACACAGGGAGACAUAAAACCAGCUCAAGGCUGAAGGUUUCAUCUUUCCUUCCUCUGCAUCAAAGCAAAAAGCAAAUCCGCUCCCACCCUCCAGAGCAGGAGUGAGCAGUGACAUUGCGUCCUACCCGUGCCUGUGUAGCACUUGCUACAGAUGUGAUGGGAAUCGUUGCAGUUACAGAGUUUUUAACAAACUGCUGCUUCACAUCAUCAGAAAGUGCCUUUAUGCAACCAGGAAAACAAAAGCGUAAAGGGUUUCGGCUCCUUUGCGUUCUCAGUUUUAGCAGGGAUCGGACGAUCGGCGUUGGCAAAUUUUUCUGAUUAAUCAAGGGAAAUCACUGUUGGCAAAUUAGUUUUUCUGAUUAAUCAAWCCCUUAUAAAUAGUGGCAGAUGGCAGAUCUAUGCAUAGCGUGUCUCUGGUGUGUGUGUGUGUCCGUGUAUAGAUGCAGACACGUGUGAACACGUGUGUGUGAACAUAGACAUAGAGAGGUAGGUGUAAAUGUAAUAUCAACCCYCCGCUCCUUUGACAGCCUUCCACCUGCCCUGGUAAAACCCAGCUGCUUCAGGACUGGGGCUGACCUUGUCCAGGAACAGUCCUGGGCCUUCUGGCCUCCAGCCCCACCUGGGGAACUGGGAGGGUUCCCACACUUGCUCGGGGGGCUUUGCAGAAGGUCUGGCUUCAGUGGGGACAGGACCAGAACAGUAGCAGGAAGUUUUUCCCGAAUKUACGGGGAGUUUUGUUCAGCUGGGCUUGGCUACAGGGUGGUUUUGAUGCACUUCCAGUACUUUUGGUGCACAUUAAAAUCAAGCUGCUGAGCUCCAAGGCUCCUACUCUGCUUUGUCAGGGUGGUUUUGCCACCACCACAGGGAACCCAAAGAGGCAGAGCCUUCAAGGUCAAGUGCAGAAGAAGUAAAUCCUCCCAGAACAUGGCACUGUCCCCAUGCCCAGCUGUUCCCUCAGGCUGUGCCAGUCUCCCUGUGCCAGGAUUUCUUAUCCACUGGAGUUACAGGGCUUCUCACUGGGCAUCACUCUCACAUCCUUGAGAUUGGUCCCUGAAAGCCCUGAGGAUGCCUGCUCCUCACGUGUCUGGCCCUGUGGCCUUUUUUGGGAACAGGCAGAGAAUGUGGAUAUGCCCUCCAGCCCCGGGAACCUCAGCUGAGCUGUGCCAUGCGUUAGACAACAGUCCUGGAAGCAAAACAGUAGAAUUAAAAGGAUAGCAGAGAAAAACCCUACRAGGUACCCAGCAGCAAAUGUUCACUCUGUGGCUUUGUGUGACAGUCUGGGGAACACUUCCCUGGUCSUGCUGAAGGCAGUGGUGAAAUGGCUGGAAUGCUGCUUGCUCUUGCUGCCUGAGAUCUUCCCCUCACAAACGGAUAACUGGAUCCAGGGGGAGGAUCAGCACAGCAGCAGCCAGSAGGAACAUCCAUCCGUCCAUUCCUGCUGCGAAUUUUGAAGGAAAGGAUCAGAAAAUUCGUGUCACGGUGGUGGGGAGACAAACAUAUCCAGCUGCUCUGUUUGUCCCUGUCCCAUGUGUGGGAAUGUGCUCUCUGUGGCUGGGGAUGUGCUGGGCAGAGCAGGAGAGGCUGGGUGCUCACAGGGCUGCUGUCACCUGCCCAAAAUACCAGUAGGGCCACAGCCCAGACUGCUGGGGAGGAGAGAGAGCUGAUCCUGGGUGGGAAUUUGCUCCCURGUCACUGCAGCUGCCCAGGACACGAGCUCAUCCUCCACAUCAGUGGGACUUKCUUUUAUUCCCAGCCCUGUGUCCCAUGGGAAACCAUGUAUAUUUAAAGAUGUGAUCCCGAGGGAAGGAUGGAAGCUCUGAGGAUCACCAUGGCUGGAUGCUGCCUGGGUUCCUGAUUCCUGUUCCAUGAGCARCAACACCACAGCCCCAGAUAAACUCGUCCUUCCCACACGGUGCUGGAAGGCACCAUCCUGUGCAGGAACCAUGAUUUUGGAUUUCUCCUGCCCCUACCAGUGACCUCCCUCCCUCAGCACCAGGGCUGAGCAUUUCCUGGUGACUCAGAGCUGCCCCUCAGCUCCUGCUGACCUGCAGAUSCCCCCCUGAGUCACCACACCAGGGACAGGAAUGUGGCUCUGGCUCCAGGAAAAAAUCUUGGCAAGUGUCUCAUUGUGGGGAAAACGGGGAGCAGAUUUUAAGACAAAAUUCCGCAAACCUGGUCACAGAGACCUGAUCAACUCAUGAAACCCAGWCUGUACUGCAGGGCUGUGCCUGCUGCCCCAGCAACGCAGGUGGGCAGUGCCCAUGGGAGGAGAUUCCAGGUUCAGAGCAGGAGGGUGGGGAAGAACCAAGGAUCUUCCUUGCCAACUUGCCAACAUCAAUGGGUGACGUGAAUCCUCUCACUGCAACCCCAUCGAGACAUGGAGAAGUCUCAUGCUU